UCCUAGAACCUUAUCGUACAGUGCUUCACUGUUGGAAAACAAUAAUUAAGAAUAAGUUUCUAAACAGUUCAAAAUGUCUUCGGAAUUAUCAGAAGACGAGUAUAAUUACACGAACUACAAUUUAGAGUUCUAUGAAGAGGAUGAGGGCCCCCCUUUGAUUAAAAAAAGAUCGCGUCUAAUUGCUGCAGUCGUUCAAAACAAUGUAGACGUUCUUCGGGAUUUAUUAGAUUCCCCUAAAUGGUACACUGUUAGGGACAAAAUGGGUUAUAAUUUGCUACAAAUUGCAAUUUUACAAGAGAGACGGGAAGUGUUUGACUACAUGUUAUCACUUCCAGAUUUUCCCUUUGAUGCUCUCAAUAGACAUGAUGAAACUGCGUUAGAUGUUGCAGUAACUGGUUUUGUGAGCAAUGAUAUAUGGGUUGAAGGAUAUUUUGCUCGCGAACUAGUAAAAAAAGGGGUAUUUUAUACACAACAAGACAAUUUAUUGUUACAAAACGCUAUUGAGAGAUCCUUUACUGAAGUUGCAAAGUUGUUAAUUGAGAAAGGAGUUGAUGUUAAUGCUUUUGAUGAGGAAGGGAACACACCACUGCAAAAUGCCGUUUGGGAGAAUAAUGCUGAAAUAGUUACUAUGUUAUUAAUAUAUGGUGCUGAUCCAUUCGUCUCAAGUUCUUCAGGAUAUACUCUUUUUGAACAAUGUAGUCCAGAGUUACAAGAAGUAUUAUUUUAUUACAUAUAUGAUCGAUAUUCGAAUUUAGAAAUUCACUUAGAAGUAUUAUUGUCACUUGCUAAAACUAAUCAGUUUCUAUUUGAUGAAGUACAUAAAACUUUCAAUAUUAACAGAAGUAAAUGUGAUGCUCGUAUUUGUUUUGAAACGUUGUGCCUUAUGGAUACUGAAUCUUUAAAAUUAGUUUUGUCAAAGUUUAGUCAUUACAUUAAAGAAGUCUUUUCACUACCGUUUCGGGGAAAAAUAAUACUUUAUAAUAUUAACCAUGAGUGGCCUUUAGAAAAUUUACAAUUGUUACUUGAAGGUGACUUGAGAGACGACUUCAUAAAUUUUAUUAACACUUUAGAUAGUUCUCCACUUUUGGAACGAUUGAUUAACCACAAAAAAUCUGAAUUUGAAAUUAGUGAAAUUCUGUGUUUUUUAUUAAGCUACGGCCUUGAGAUUGUUCGAAAUGACCUCCAUUUAAUUUAUUCCGAAUUUGGAUAUUGCAAUUUGUUCAAAAUUCUUUUACAUAUGGAUAUUUUUGAAACAUGUGAUUAUGUCGCUCAAAUUAUGCCGUUAUUUAUCUAUGAUGUAACAUCAAGUCUUGAAGAUUAUCUAGAUUUCUUUGAAUCAAAGGAACCGUCUCAUUUUUCUGAACUUUGCUCUUAUUUUUGUCAUCCGACUCUGAUUGAAAAAUGUGAACGUGCAAUUGCUGAUGGAGAACUAGAGCCCAAAACGUUUCAGCAAAUACCCCUUCUUGUUGAGUUGGCUAGAAACACAUUUCGAAAAUUUUUUGUCAAGAAAUUUCAAAUCAAAACAUCUAGGAGGUUUUAUUCGCUCUUGAACUGCUUGCCUAUUAGUACCGUGCAUAAGAAGAUUAUUACUUAUGAAACAAAACUAUAUUAAUUCUAUUUUUGUAUGUUAAUAUUUUUGAAUAAAUUAUUUUGUUUAUUAGUUGACUUUUUAAUUUUUAUUAAGGCUAGGUAUUGGUCAUGACUUCAAUCUUCUGUAGUUUUAUCGCACAACUUUACCAGACAACACAUCAGUUAGCUCUUACAAUACAACAUGCGUUUGAGAAAGAGAAAUGUAUCAAAUAAAAUUAUUUCUUAGUUUUGGAUUUACUUAGUUGAUAAUGGAGCUACAAUUAUAUUUUUUUUGUAUUUAAGUAAUAAUCUAUACUUUUUGGGAAAGUUAACUAUUUAUAAAGAAAAAAAACUUUAAAUAGAGAAGCCUAAGUAUUCCAGCCGUAAAAUUAGUGUCCAAUUUGUACAAAUUUUUUCACAUUUAUUGUGACUGAUGUAAAUAAAACAUUAAAAUUAUUUCUUAAA